AUGCGUUCGAGCCUUUCGUGCGCGUUUUGCCGAAAAUCCAAAAUCAAGUGUGUCAAUACCGGUAAUCCACCAUGUCAGAAGUGUCAGAAAUCAGAGAUUCCCGGUUGCGUUCUUACCAGACCGAGAUAUGUAGCCUCGAGGGUUUCCCGAAGGCGAGGCCAGUUACGCCGUAGGAAUGACGAUCAAAAGGAUGACCAUGAGGAACAGCCGGUCCCAUUAGAUACCGGAAAUAAUAGACCAGAUUCAACACCGGAAUCUUUCAGCGCUGAGGUGGAUAUCUCACAGAUCGACGAACAUCUCGCUAGUCUUCCGACAAGUGUGAUCCUCAAGUCGUUGAACGUUUUUACGAACAAAUUCCCCGAGCUGGGAAUUCUUCAUCUCCCAACCCUCAUGCAAGCGUUCCAGUCGGAGUGUUCGAAGGAGACGAAAGUCCUCCUCUGUGUUACCCUUCUAGUAACAAAAACACAACUAUCGUUGCUCAACCCAUCUUGGGCAAACAGUUUGCUGCCCAGUAAGCAUUACGAAUACUACAUCCGGCAGAGCCUCUCAGAGCUCAUUCUCCAGCCACCUGAUAUACAAGUCGUUCAGGCACUCCUGAUGAUGGCACUCUACGAGUGGGGGUGUCGGGACUUCCAUAAGGCCUGGGUCUACUGCGGUAUGCUAGGUAUCGCGAUCCGAAUCAUGCAAUCCAUACAAAGUCGACGUAUUGCGCCGUACUCUCUCGAUACUGACAUCAACCCGGGUGCAGCAAAAGAUACGGUCGCUCCGGGAAUAGAGAAUAGAACGAUUUGGGCCUGUUUUAUCAUGGACCGUAUGAUCAGUUCGGGCACUUACAACCCACCCAUGCUUCCCAUGUCGGAGAUGGAAAAGUUGAAAGUCUCGCGACCUUUGAGUACCGUGGAAUUUGCAUUUGGGACCAACGUAAGCCUUUAUCCCGGGCACACAGGGCAAAAUCUCACCUGGUCUGAACGACUGCCGUCGGGCCUUCUUGAUAUAACCCAGUGCUACGAGAUUUUAGUUUCUGGCUUUGAUAUCUGGGCACAAGUAAUGACUUUUAUCUUUAACGACGGACGUCGGGCACCGGGGAUGUGCGCCCCAGAGAAUUGCCCUUGGGUCCCAGGGUCUCCGUGGUCUAGAACUAAGGCCCAAUUGGAAAGGUGGAGGGCUGGCCAACAUGAUCGCCUUCACUACCCGAGCAAUAGUGUUGCGAUCCACAUGACCCUGGGAUAUGGAGAGUCCUUCACAUAUAUCAAUCUUCUCUAUUAUCUGAGUACUCUUAUGCUCCACCGUGAAUAUUUUCCAUUCAUGCCAACCGCGGAGUCGGGCCCGAGGGGACCUGUGGACCACCCUCUGCUCGAAGCGGAAGCCCCUGUCGGCUGGUGGGAGUCAAGCGCACUAGAGCUGUUCUCUGCAGCAGAACACAUUGCGAGGCUUUUACACGAAGCAUCGGAAUGCGGAGCCCAUCUGAUGACUCCCUUUGUUGGAUUCUGUGCUUUUUCCGCAUCGUAUAUGAAUCUCUACAUCUACCGAUUUCCUCGCAUGAACCUCGGCCGUAGUCCUCAGGCUGAACAGCUGAUGAACUUUUGUCUUGCUUACUUGGAAGAGUUUCGACACGUGUGGAAGCUGGGAGAGGCUUGGGUAUCUACUCUCAAACAUGCCUCGCUCUUAUACGAGCGUGCUUCCGCUGACAGGGGAAGAUACCUGGGAAAGACUCGGCAGGACUUCGAUCAUCUUCACCAGUCCAUACAUGAGUUUCGAGUUGUUGACCGAUCGAACCAACAUAUACAGGAGAUCGAAGGAGCCGAGGGGGCAAGCCCAGGAGCGACAUAUAGUCAGCCCGCACAACGGAUGGUCCCUAGCUCUGAGUCGGAUAACCUUAGUGCACCGCUAACUCAUCUGCUUACGGAGGUCAGCACUUAUUCUCAUGAACAGGGCGCAUGGUCGCAGUGGUGGCCUACGUUGGAGGACAUCGAUCUUGCCCUAGUCUCAGGAUGA